GGAGACUAAAACGGUCUUUGUGCGGGAACAUGAUCGUCCAAAAACACACGAUGUUCCUUCCAAAACCUUGUUUGCUGUUAUAGAAAAAAGGAAUAAAUUGUCAAAAAUACUAAAUUUGAAACAACAAAAAAUAGGACGAAUGGAAUGUGAGAAACUCGGGGACAAAGGUGUAGCAACAAGUGAGACUGGAGGUUGGUGCCAGCAAGCAAGCAGAGAGGACGGCGGACAGCACAUGACUGACAAACAUUUAGUGGCCGCUUUGAUCGAGUUGUUCACUGGAACAUUUAUCGGAAGUUUUGGUGACGGUCCAGGGAGAUAUAAACAACUUCUCAUAGAAUCGGGAAAAGUAAAGGGAUACGAUGCCUAUGAUGGUGCGCCAUAUUGUGACGUCACAAGUGAAGGGCGCGUGCAGUUUCUUGAUUUGACUCUGCCGCAAUAUGGACUACCCGUAUAUGAUUGGGCAUUGAGUUUAGAAGUUGCCGAACACAUUCCUGAACAGUUUGAACGUGUUUUCAUUAGUAAUAUUGUUCGCCAUGCUAGGGAGGGCGUUGUUUUGAGUUGGGCGCGGCCGGGGCAGGGAGGCCACUCCCAUGUGAACAACAAACCGUUUGAAUAUGUGAAAAGUCUUAUGAACGAGCAUGAAUUUUUUCAUGAUGAACAAGCGUCACAGAAGUUAAAAACUGCGGCAUCUUAUGAUUGGUUUAAACAUAAUACAAAUGUAUAUAGACGAAAUGUAUCUUUCAUAGACGAAAUACAUGGUUUUGACGCCUAAUCACUUUUCUGAGCGAUACACAAUCAAAAUUGUCAGUUUAGUAAUUUAAUCCCUGAAAAAAAAAAUUGAUGCAUUAUUUUUGUUGUAUAUUUACAUUUUACAUUCAUUUUUAGAACAGUGUGGUUAGUGGUGAUAAACGAACAACCAUUUUUAGUUUUAACAUACUAAAUAUAUUUAUCAUAAAACUUGUUACUUUCGCAUAAUAAGAGUAUAACUGUAUAUGGUUUAUGAACUUUUUAUGUAUCUCUGUAUAAGCCCUGUUUCGGUCGCAUUUAAGCACAAGACAGAAAAAAUAAUCAAAACUAAUGUUAUAAUGCUCUACAUGUAUUAAGCAAAUUACUCACGGUGAAUAGUAUAGAUUUGUUAAAAAUGUUACUAGUUCAGUAAAAAUGUUUCAAUCGAUAUUAUAAGUUACGGGGUUAGUAGGUGACCCGAUAUGGGAUAUACGGGGCAAAGGAAACCAUAUUACAUUCAUCUACUACUAUUUACUAUGCAUGCCUAGAGUAAUGUAUUUUCAGUUCCUUUUUAUAUUAGUUAGACUCGAAAAAGUGUGUGUAAUUGCUUUCGUAAAAAGUGUGUAUUUUGUGCAUAUUGUCAAUUUAAACAUUUGUUCAUGUUUAAAAGUAUGUGUGUGGGCAUCUUUUUAAUACAAUGUCUGUACUCUGUAUA